AUGCAAGCUUUUGCCAUCAAGAAGGAGUUGGCCAACAAGACCAGGGAAGCUGCUGGCUUGCAGAAAACCAUUAACAGGGCCGAGGCAAAGAUGAAGACCUUGACAGAUCAGGCCGAGGAAGCCAAGAAGGCUCAGGACGAGGCCGAGGAAAAGGCUGAUACUGCAGAGGCCAUUGCCAAGGUUCUUGCGGCCGAAAAGAAAAAGGUUGAGGCAAAGAUGGUCGAAGCCCAAAAAGAGCUUCAAGAUGCCCUAGCCAUGAAAGAGGCUGAGAUCAAAGUGGUGGACGAGAAGGCGUACGCUGAGGGGGCGAUCGACGUCAGAGAAGAUUACAAGAAACAAGUCAGACAUGCAUGCAACAAGGGCUAUAUCCUUGGUUGGAUGGAUGUUCUAAAGGCGUUGGCUGUCCACGAGGACUCUUCUCUGAAGGAUGCUAGCAACCUCGUCUUGUCAUUUCCCCUCUCUCCAAUCUCCAAAGAUGCCUUCUCUCAGAAGACAACUUCUGAGGUGCCAAUCGCCGAGAGGAGCAUCGAUCAAACUCUUCAAGAGAUCGAUGCCGAGCUUGAGGCUGAGAAGGCUGCCGAGAAGUCUUCCCAACUAUCUUCUAGAUGCGAGACACAGUCCACUGCCAACAUCGAUUAG